AUGCGGAAGAAGCUUACCCCGUUCCAGAAGCUCGUCAAUGAUGUUCGAACUACUGGGGAUCCCCGCAAGAUGAUGGACCUCCACGCGCAAAUCACACCUCAGAACUGUAGUCCACCAGUCCUCGAGGCUCUUCUCGUGCAUACGGGGGUCCCCAUUACGAAAUUCGACUGUUCUAUUACCGAAGCAGUCCCUUACCAGCGAGCCUCAUUUAUUCUUCUCGCCCUCGAGAAGGUAGCCAUGUCGUGUCCUCGAUCCCCCACUCUCAUGUCGGCGACUACCACGGCGCUCUUCAACCACAUUGAAGACCUCAUCAUUACCAUGCUCUCUCUUGUCCAAGUCUCUUACAAUUCGUUCGCUGGAACGGGACUUGGGACUCGCGUUUUCGAGGCGAAUUUGCAGACAGUCUGCAACCUCGUGGAUUGGAUGAUCGAACGUGACACCAGGCUUGCGGAAGCGCUGUACACUUCAGCGAGCGCUGGAAGGAUGCUUCUGACUAUGUGGUCUACGCCCAGACCUGAUAGACCAGAUGAAUUCUUCAUCGACUUCUUACACCCUGACGUCGUGAAGGUGAUGCGACUAUACCUCUCAAAUGACGAGGGUCGCUCCACCAUUUACGACCUCCUCUUCUCGUGCUCUCAAGAUCUUCACGGUUUCUCACAGGCACUUGCUUGCAGGAUGGAAAUGAUGGGGGACUAUUGCUCAGCAGCCGAGUCAUGGCCACCUACGGAAACGACUCAGCAUUGGAAGCAUAUGACCCUCAUCACAUCCACCGUGUCCCAAAACGCAACAAUCCGGCGUUCUUUGCGCCAGUUCGACUACCUCAGAGUCGCAUCCUCAUCUCUCUCAGUGGCGUUUGGAGAGUCUGGCUCACCUCUUCUGUUGCCCCUAACCGCUUCCCUCAUGGCGGUUGCCGAAGACGCCUGGGGCUACCCAUCUCACUCAAUGUCGAGAGUUCUCCAACCAGAGCUUGUCACUUCUUUGCUCUGUUGUUUUCUCUCUAUUACCAAUCGACACGACAAGUUCAUGUUCCCAGCAAGGUCCAUCAUAGCUGACCUCCGUCGUUACUCGUUCUACCCUCGUGCCAUGGAGGCAUUCGAGCGUGGACUGGACGAUCUACCCGUCCCAAUGCGGAAAUUGUUUGGAAACUCGAAAUGUCCUCUGGGAAUCGAGUGCCGUGGUAUUCUUGCAGCGCAAACAUUCCAUUUGAGGUCAGGAAUUGAGGAUCACCCGGUGGAGAAACCGGUACUCUGUGACAAUUCCAACCAUCUUUCCACGAGGGUUUCGCGGAAAAGAGGUCCCAUCAAGUCAUGCUCGCGUUGCCGCACUGUCGUUUACUGCAGCGUUGCUUGUCACAAGGAAGACUGGGGGCGCAGGCACCAAAACGAAUGCAAUGAAAUGAGAAACGAGUACAUCGUUUUUGACAACAGCGAUCUUGACGAUGUUGACCAGGGGAACUUCGAGCUCCCCGCGGAAACUUACGAAAAGAACCGAAGUCGUUCUCAAUGUUCGGCGUUGGAACGGAGGGUGGACGAGAUGGUCAACAGCUGCAAAGGCGAGGAUUCUCGAAUGACCCUCGUUGAAAUAGGAAUCGCGAACGGAAUGAAUACCGUCGUAUCUCUCGUCGUUCAACUGGAGAAAAUCGAAAAUGGGGUUGGUCCCGGAGUUGGUCAGUGCUGGAGACCCGUUCAGAGUGUCUCCCGUAUUAUACAUACCAAAAAUGGACUAUAUCCACCCUCCGAUUAA